AAAGUAGUUACAGGUGAGACCUUCACUCAAGUUUUACAACUGACUCCAAGUUUAGCAAACUGACCCAAACUUUACAGUUUCUAUUCUGACAAACAUGUAAGAAACAGCUGUCUGUCUGGUAAAAAAAAAAAAACGGUCUUUUCAUAAAGACAAGUUAUCAAUGAGCUUAAUGGAAGUCUCAGUGGCCUUCGCUGCACCAUAACAACCUUUCUUCAGUAAGAUAUCAACUCUGCGUUCUUUUAAAAAACAAGACUGCAAAUUCGGUGAUUAUCCAGCUGGCACUGGAUAAGCAGUUAUGUAAAUCUCUCAACGUGUAGCCCGCAACACCCUUCUCUUUAUCGAAGUAAUUGGUUUCCACCUUUGACACUGUGCCCAUUAUUCUAAUUUAAUGGAUUCAUUUAGGCCCUGUUGACCUCCCAUGGAGAAUGAACUUCCUUAAGAGAUCAGCCCAAAGUGUUCCGUGUCCAUAUUUCUUUAUAUAAAAGAAAACACACGAGACUACAAAUAUGCUCCACAACAACACAGUCUGUGUAGGAUGAGCACCGAGCUUUUUUCAAAGGCUGCAUUUAGUUUAUUUGAACUUUUAUUGCCAGACGUGAGGACAAUAGGCUUGAAUGAAAUCUACAAUCACGCUCACACCUUGUUAACGCCGCCAUUAGUCGCCCUUUACAUUCGCUGAUUGGUGAUUUACAUUUGCGACCAAAUAGCAUCUUUACUGCUGUUUACCAAGACUUUGGGGGCACCCAGGAGCGUUUGAUAUAAAAAGUCGAGCCUCCAGGACACUUCAGUCACUUCAACUUUAAGUUGCUGACUGGUCGUGUGGUUUAGGACGCACCGGGAACUUACUCAAACCUCAGAGAUGUUGCUGUUCGUGCUCACCCUCACCGCUCUGCUGUGCGCCACAACAGCACGGCCUUCACUGAACUACCUGGAGAAUCAUUUUACUGCUGAAAACGAGCCAGAGGAAGUCCGAUCAGCUGCCAUCAAGAGACUUUUGGAAGUUUUUGGGAUGGAGGAUCCUCCUGCUAUUCAUGGACACAAGCAGCCACCUCAGUACAUGCUUGAUCUUUACAACACGGUGGCUGAUGUGGACGGUGUGACCAAGGACCCGAACCUUCUAGAGGGGAAUACAGUGCGGAGUUUCUUUGACAAAUUGCGCAGUGAGCAGGUGGAGUUCAGGUUCAAUUUGUCCACGGUUGGCAGAACAGAGAAGAUUCUCACAGCAGAGCUCCAUCUCUUCAAACUGCGACCUCAGGCAACACUGACUUUCCAAAGGCAUCACUUCUGCCAGGUUAGUGUCUAUCAACUGCUAGACUCGAGCAGAAACAACAGCACACAGGAGAAGAAGUUGCUGUCUUCUCGCCUCAUCCCAGUCCACUCCACAGGUUGGGAAGUGUUCACCAUCACACAAGCAGUCCGCUCCUGGACAAUGGAUGAAGGCAGCAACCUGGGGCUCCAGGUGGUGGUUCGGACUCUGGGGGGGAGCCAGAUGGACAUGAAGCUUAUCCGCUUUGCUUCAGGACGCAGUCACCACCAGAGCAAACAGCCAAUGUUGGUCCUCUUCACUGACGAUGGCCGCCGCUCUACUACUCUUGAAAGCCUAGACCCAAACGACACCACACCUACUUCCACCCUGCCCCAGGCCCCCAUGUCAGGUCCGCCCAUCCGCAGCGCCCGCUCUCUAGACUACAGCGAGGAGGAAGGUGUGUCUUCGCCCUGCCAGCGUCUCCCUCUCUACGUGGACUUCGAGGAGAUUGGCUGGUCUGGCUGGAUUGUGUCUCCCCGAGGAUACAACGCCUACCACUGCAAAGGCUCCUGCCCCUUCCCUCUGGGUCAGAACAUGAGGCCGACCAACCAUGCCACUGUCCAGUCCAUCAUCAACGCUCUGAAGCUGAUGAAAGGCAUCGACAAGCCAUGCUGCGUGCCUGACAAGCUCUUCUCCAUCAAUCUGCUCUACUUUGAUGAUGACGAGAAUGUGGUGCUCAAACAGUAUAAUGACAUGGUGGCUGGGAGCUGUGGGUGCCACUGACAUCAACGAGUCACAACAUUGGGACUGCACAGAUAUUCAUAAAAAUACAAUGUAAAUUGGAGUUCUUGUACAUAGAUAGCAUGCUGUCUUUUAAAACUCCAUUUCACCUAACGUGUAAUGUGCUUAGUCCAAUGAGUGGCACUGUAAAAUAUGUAAAUACCCAUAAAUUAUAAUAUAUGACAGUAAUGAUAUCCUGUGAAAGAUGUAAAAGUGUAUAUUUUAUGUUUUCUGUGAUUUAAUACAUAGUCAGAAUAAACGGUGUAGACAAAA